CGCCCGCCCGUGGCUGCCUGUGUGCUGGGAGCGCGGAGAGAGGAGCGGCGGAGGAGGCGGACAAGUCGCGGAAGCCCCGGGAAUCCCUCGCCGGGCAUCAAGAGGCCGGGGAGAGCCCCGAGUCGGCCGCCGCGAGAUGCGAAGUCGGAGCUGAGCCGGUCCGUCUCCGCCCAGCCAUGUCCUUCGCCCUGCUGCGCUCGGCGCCCAGCCGCUUCCUGUAUCCCGAGAUCAGCAUGCUGUCGGAGGAGGACGAGGAGAACGGCAGCGGCGAGAGCUCGGGCUCGGACGAGAAGCCCUACGCGCUGGAGGCGGGCGCCUACGGGCUGCGGGGCGGCAAGCGCGGCCCGGGCAAGAAGGGCAGCCGCGGCGUGGCCCGCGAGCCCCGGCAGCGCCACACGGCCAACGCGCGGGAGCGCGACCGCACCAACAGCGUCAACACCGCCUUCAGCGCCCUGCGGACGCUCAUCCCCACCGAGCCGGCCGACCGCAAGCUCUCCAAGAUCGAGACGCUGCGCCUGGCCUCCAGCUACAUCGCGCACCUGGGCAACGUGCUCCUGGCCGGGGAGGCCUGCGGGGACGGGCAACCCUGCCACGCCGGCCCGGCCUUCUUCCACCCCGGCGGCGGCGGCGGCGGCAAAGGCGGCAGUCCGGCCGCCCCGGAGAGCGACGGCUCCCAGCCCAAGCAGAUCUGCACUUUCUGCCUCAGCAACCAGAGGAAGCUGAGUAAAGACCGAGAAAGAAAGACGGCGAUCCGGAGUUAGCAGGAUGGCGGUGGUGAGGCUGGCGGCAGCAGCAGGAACUAUGAGGGCGAAAUAAAGAGACAGCCUCCCCUGGGCUGCCCUCUGGAGCUGUGCGCUUGUGCCCGGGACAAACUCAAGGGCAACCGGGGGGAGACAGAAAGCCGGAAGGCUGGAUCUGCAGGCAAGCCAAGCAGGCUCAGAUCUGCAAAGAUGGGUGGGUGCCGGAGGCGCAGCUCCUAGGACAAAAGGUUUUUCCUGCUCACCAGGGACUGGCGUCUAGCAGAAGCAUCCUAAUUGACCCACAUCCUAGGAGGCGAGAAGAAAAAGGGGCCCAGGACGCUCAGAGGAGAGUGCUCCUCCGGUACUUAUGGAUUGCCCUGUUGUCGGAACUGGGUGGACUUUCCUGACUUGAUAAUAAUAUAAAACCCAAGUUGUUUAUAUAGUGAUAUUUUUGUAAAUAUGCAAC